AUGUUCAACAGCAGUCAAUUCACCCCAAAAUAUUUUCUACUGACUGGUCUCCCUGGUCUAGAGGACUUGUACUCUUGGUUUAUCUUCCCAUUCUGCUUGACAUAUCUUGUGGCCCUUUUGGGCAAUAGUCUGAUCCUCACAGUGAUCAAGAAAAACACCUCUCUGCACCAGCCGAUGUACCUAUUCCUAGCUAUGCUAGCCUUUGCAGAGCUUGGUGUCUCUGCUUCUACACUGCCCACUGUGCUGGGCAUCUUCCUUUUCGGUGCCAAUGAGAUCUGCUUUGAAGCUUGCCUUUUGCAAAUGUUCUCCAUACAUUCAUUUUCCAUCCUUGAGUCAGGAGUUCUGCUGGCCAUGUCUGUGGACAGCUUUGUGGCCGUCUACAAUCCACUGCGGUAUACCACCAUCCUGACCCUUUCUCGUAUUGCUGGCACUGGUGCUGUACUUGGACUGAAGAGUAUGAUGCUCAUGUUUCCACUGCCCUUUCUCCUGAAGCGUCUUCCCUUCUGUGGCCACAACAUCCUCUCCCACUCCUAUUGUCUUCACUCAGAUCUAAUCCAGCUGCCCUGUGGGGACACUCAUCCCAACAGCAUUCUGGGGCUCUGCAUUGUUACUUCCACUUUUGGGCUGGACUCGCUGCUCAUCAUCAUCUCGUACGUGCUGAUCCUCUACACAGUGCUGGGCAUUACCUCUGGGGAGGGACGGUGGAAGGCCCUCAGUACAUGUGUAUCACAUAUCUGUGCAGUACUUGUGUACUAUGUGCCCAUGAUUAGUGUCGCUCUGUUGCACCGCUUCAGGAAGCAUGCUGCACCUGCUCUCCGACUACUCCUGGCCAAUGUCUAUCUUCUGGUGCCUCCUGUACUCAAUCCCAUCAUUACAGCAUUAAGACCAAGCAGAUUCGCCAGGGGCUAA